AUGCUUCAACACCAACUGAGGUGCAACACGUACCAUUGGAUAACGGGCGCCGGAUAUGACAACAACGGUUUUAUCGUCAGCAUUGUACAUACGACAAUGGGAGUUACUCCAAAAAUCUCUCCCUCAUCACCUCCGACUUGGCUUCCAUAUUUAUUUUGGAUAAUUCCCCCGGUGCCUACCGAUCCUACCCAGAUAACGCCAUACCUAUUCGCUCCUGGUUUUCUGAUGCCCACGACACCGCCCUCCUAUGCCUUUUACCAGUGCUGGAUGCGCUUCGAUUCGUGA